AAAAAGAAAAAAGAAAAAAAAAAUUCUGUCCAUUAAUUAAUUUCCAAGCCCGCUUCCUUCAACCCUACAACUUAUUCUCUCCUCUCUCCUUUCCGAAACCCAAACCCCUCAAGCGACCGACGAUUACAGCAGCGGACCAGCCGUACCUGCUCAGGUCAGUGCGUCUGUCCCUCUCUUAUUUUCCUUUCGUCUGGUUUCACUUCUCUAGUAUCCUCUCCAUAUUGGCAUGCCCAUCGAAAUCAGAAGUGGGAGUGCUUUUCUACUGUGCCAAACUUUGGAGAUGAAACACUGAAUAUCGACAUGGAAGCGAAUAUCAGCGUCUACAAAUCCACACGUCUAAGUUAAAAUAAAAAAUUCAAAAAUCAAAAGAAGACGUUAGAGAGAUGGCUAAAGGAGGAGGAAAGAGAUACAACAAAAAUCCCACCAGAAGGACCAACCAUUAUAAUAAACAUGCCGCCGCCCCCGCAGAUGACAUCGUCGACGACCAAAUUGAUGCAUUUCACAAACAGCGAGAUGUUGUUCCAUUAGAUAUCAAUGACGAUAUACUGGAAUCAGACCAAGAUAAUGAGCGGCCUGUUUUUGAUUUUGAGGAUACUACUGACGACGAUGAUGACGACGAAGACGACAUUGAGGAUGACACCCAACUCACUGGCCUUGCUGCAAAAAUUGCAAGGCAGGAAAAAUUUCUGCGGGCUAAGAUCGGUGGGGUUGAGGAUGAAAUGCAUGAUGAAGCUGAAGAUGAGGAAGAAAAAAAGGCUGUAUGGGGUAGAAGAAAGAACAUAUAUUACAGUGCCGAUAAUGUUGAUUUCGAGCUACAAUCAAGUGAUGAGGAGCUACCUGCGGAAGAGGAGGCAGAGGUGUUAAGAUUGCAGAAGGAGAAAGCAAUGUCUUUAUCCAGGGAAGACUUUGGCCUUGAAGAUGCUAGUCAAGAUGAGAGUGAUGGAGAGCGGACAUUAGAGGAAAUUUUGGUUGAAGGGAUAAACACAUCAAAAGUUUCAGCACACAAACUAGCUCAAGAUGAACUUGGUACAGCUUAUGAGGAGGUCAAAAAAGAUUUAAAUGCUUUGUCGAGGGAUGAGCAAAUGGAUGUUGUUUAUAGUUCUGCUCCAGAAUUAGUUGGUUUGCUAUCAGAGCUGAAUGAUGCACUUGAACAGCUCGAGAACAAAGUUUAUCCACUUCUAACCAAGGUUAGAGAGGGGGAGAAUACAAUGAAAGGAGGGAUGCACUAUAUUGAGGUGAAACAGCUGCUCCUUCUAGCCUAUUGCCAAUCCAUUACCUUUUAUCUUCUUCUCAAGUCUGAAGGGCAGCCUGUUCGUGAUCAUCCUGUCAUUGCUCGGCUUGUAGAGAUCAAAAACCUAUUGGACAAGAUGAAACAACUUGAUGCGAAUCUUCCAUCUGGAGUAGAGGAGGUUUCGAACAAAAAAUAUGGGACUGAAAUAUCAGUGAAGUCCGUUAGGGGAAAUGAUAUAUUGGCAUUGGAUUCUUUCUCCAAAGAUCACAAGCACUCUCUGGUCUCAGCUGAAGCACAAGCGGCAGCAGCGCCUCAUGAAGCAGCUGAGUUGGUAAAGGUGGAUUCUUUGAAGAAUAUUGAUAACAAAAGAGGGAAACACAAGCAUCAGAAUGAUCAAGUUGGUCUGCAGAGCAUGGAAAUGUUAAAAGUAAGAGCUGUUCUGGAGGAAAAAUUGAAGCAGAUGGGUAUAUUUAGUUCCAUUGCACCGAAGCGCGAUAGGUCUCAAAAACAUUUGCAACCAGUGAAUGGACAGCUUGAGACAUUUGAUGAUUUUGAUGACGACACCAUAGAUGUGGGUGGCGCCACUCAUCGCAUGAUUAAUGGACAAGCAAGUUCAUUGCAUUCAAGUAAAUUAUCCCUACUUGUGACUCCUCAGUUGAAAAAGCCGAAGGUUGUUUCUGGUGAUGGUGAUUUGCCUAACCGGGAUGAUAUUGGAGAAAGGCGAAGGAAGCAUGAACUUCGGGUUUUGGCAGGAGCUGGAAUCAAAUCUGUUGAUGAUAGUUUAGAUGAGCCUGGCGCUCUUGGGGUCAAUGGGGAUGAUGAUAUGGAGGAUGAUGAAAUGGAAGAGUUAGAAGAUGAAUAUUACAAAGAAGUCGAAAAGCAACGAGCUGCCAAGCUUUCCGCCAAGGCAGAGAAAUAUUCAAGAACCUCGGCAGUGCCAUUUUCUCCUGAAACCCUAUUAGAUGGGAAGCGCCAGAUUACAUCUCAGAUGGAAAAGAACCGAGGGCUAACUCGUGCUCGGAAGAAGCUGACCAAAAAUCCGAGGAAGAAGUACAAGCUGAAGCACAAGAAGGCAGUGGUGGGUCGGAAGGGACAGGUGCGGGAAAUCAGGAGGCCUGAUGGUCCUUAUGGUGGGGAAGCAACGGGAAUUAAUGCAGGAAUCAGUAGGAGUGUCAGAUUCAAGAACUAAGCAGUGUUGCUGCAUACUGAUUGUCAGAUUCAAGAACUAAGCAGUGUUGCUGCAUACUUUUUUUGCGUCUAUAAUAACUGUAGAUUGCGUGCAUGAUGAUGCAAAGCAUUAGGUUUUGAUUGUUCAAAUUUUGACCUCCUAUAAAAUUCUUCUUUGUAAUAGUGAAAAUGUGUUACAACUCUUGCAGUGAGGGUUGCAAGUAGAAAAUGUGGCACUCGAUUUCUUCAAAGUUAUUUAAUUUCCGAAAAAUGGUGUAUAAUGAAAAUGUAGUUGGAUAUGUGCUCUAUUUUAGAGACAUGGGUUUUCAAGAUUAUGCAGUUUGUUUCUCUUGA